CGACCCCGCGCUCCGGCGCUGGCCUCCCACCUGCCGCUUGUCCGCCAGCACCUCCUCGGCGAGCUCCUCCACCUCGACCAGGGCUUCGUAGCUCCCAUCCGCAGGCUGGUGUUCCCCAAGGCCGCACGCCGGGCAGCCCUCCGGAGCAGCGUGAGCCGCCGGCCCCUGCACUCCAUGCCCCUUUAUCCCCCGGACUACCUCAUCGACCCCCAGAUUCUGCUGUGCGACUACUUGGAGAAGGAGGUCAAGUUCCUGGGUCACCUCACCUGGGUGACUUCCUCACUGAACCCCUCCAGUCGGGACGAGCUUCUGCAGCUUCUGGACACAGCCAGGGAUGCUGCUGAGGAGUCCUGUGCGCUCAUCUGCCAGGUCUUCCAGAUCAUCUAUGGGGACCAGAGCAUUGAGUGUGUGGACCGGGCUGGCUAUCACUACACAGCCACGCCCGAACGGCCAUGGCUCUGCAGCCGCAGUGAGAGCUGCCGCACGGACGGGACUUAUGCCUAUGAUGCCGACUUCAGCUGCUGCAGCUCCCUCAAUGGCUCCCAGGACACCUUUGAAGCGUGUUACAGUGGCACGUCCACACCCUCUUUCCAUGGCUCCCACUGCAGCAGCAGUGACCACAGUGGCCUGGGCCUCGAGCAGUUGCAGGAUUACAUGAUCACGUUGCGGAGUAAGCUGGGGCCCCCUGAGAUCCAGCAGUUUGCACUGCUGCUGCGGGAGUACCGGCUGGGGCUGUCCAUCCAGGACUAUUGUGCCGGCCUGCUGAAGCUCUACGGGGACAGGCGCAAGUUCCUCCUCCUAGGCAUGCGGCCUUUCAUCCCGGACCAGGACGUCGGCUACUUCGAGGGCUUCCUGGAGGCGGUGGGCAUCCGCGAGGGCGGCAUCCUCACCGACAGCUUUGGCCGCAUCAAGCGCAGCAUGAGCUCCACGUCGGCGUCCGCGGUGCGCAGCUACGACGGCGCGGCGCGGCGGCCCGAGGCGCAGGCCUUCCACCGGCUGCUGGCCGACAUCACGCACGACAUCGAG